AUGGCAUUCACAGAACCAAGGUUAGCUAGCUUUCAGGUGAGUACGAGCGAGCAGCAACAUCAAGCACUUCCAAACGUCAAGCCCACAGCUACAAUUACAGAUGUCUUCAGAUUUGAAGUCACUGUUACACUGCGACACAUCUCAAGUACUCGUGUUAUAAACAUAUCAACCCUAGUACUCCAAACCACUGUACACAUGAGGUGCAAACGCUUCUUCCUAAGUAAUGAUCAAGAUCUCCAACGAACUGCAUUAGAUUUCCUACGAGCAUUGCUUUUACCCUACCCAAUGUCCUUGCAGUACUUUACCCGGGAUUGCCUUGAUGAAAUCUCAGGUAGGAUCAUACAUCAGGUUCAACAGCUUUUUGAUUUUAUAAAACCACAUGCGGCCGGUUCACAAGACCAAGGGCAAGUGUUCCCUUUGUCUCUGGAAAUCGUCUUGGAUGUGCCGUCAGUUGAAGAGAAUCAAGAGAUGGAGCUGACAGAUGAAGAGAUUCAAGAGUUGGAGAGUGCAAUUAUGGAAGAAGAGUCUAUGCAAAGUGUUAGAAUGGUUUCGGCAUCUAACGAAGCCAUCCAAUCUCUGAAAACAUAUGUGCUUCCUGAGAAUUGCAGUGUAUGCAUGGAAACGUUUGGUGCUGAAGGGGAAGAUGUGAAGAUUUCGCCAAUGCCAUGCGGUCAUGUGUUUCACCAUCAUUGUAUUGUGCAGUGGCUUCAAACCAGUUAUAUGUGUCCCUUGUGUCGCUACCCUAUGCCUACUUCUAACAACUAA